AGCACCAUGUCUGCUCCAGGAUAUUCCAAAAGAAAUACUACUUCUUAGUGAAUUUAUAUUUUUUCAUACAUGCACAAAUACAGUCAGAACUAGAUGAUGCAUGGUAGAGAAUGUGGAGAUAAUUAAUGAAUAUUUUUAUUUUUGACCUUUGAAAUUGAAAAGCCUCACAAUGUCAUUUUUAAAUAACCUAUAUCUAUCUAUCUUAGCAUCCAACUUUUCUUCUUACCUUUUCGGCUUAGUGUGUCAAGCCUAGAGAAUUUCCACUACACACUGACAUGCAGAUGUGUGUUGUCAUGCUGCUACCCUUGUUUGGUUGUUUCUUUACUUUGGAUUUUAUUUUUGGUUGAUAUUCAUAUUUUCUAAACAUUGGGCUUUGAAAUUUGGUAUCCUUCUUAGAAGACAAUUUUUCCACAGGAGGAAUCCUGUUCCUUAGGAUGUUGAAUUACAUCUUAGCAUUGAGUACCACACUUUCUUUGCCCAGAAAACAUGUUGAGUUGUGUGGAUUUAUCUGGUGGCUGUAGACAUGACAUUGUAAGUACAUAGCAAUAUGUCCAGGUAUGGAAUUUUGUACUAAUGCUGUAAAAUGAUGUCUUUUUGGGGAUUUAAAACUAAAGUUGCCUGUGGAUAUAAGGAUAUAUAGAAAACUGUUCGAAAUGACAUGCCUUCAGAGACGUUGCCAAAGAAGGAGUGCCUCUGGGUUCACUAAUUCUUAGACUUUAUGUAUCAGACCAGGUUAAUGCAUUGGGAAUUAGUUUUCCUCAUUUAAAUGGUAUAUGAUUCUUUUAAUAAAAAAAAUGAAAUAUUCAGUCAUGUCUGCGGGAAACAAGGAUAUAAUGCCCUAGGAUAUUCUAAGUCCUGAUAAGCUUUAUAUUUAAAUGCGGUGGUACAAUCAUCAGUUGUGUUAGCUGUGAUUUUGAUAUGAACAGUCCAUCAUGAUGAUGAUGAGUAAAAUAAUAACUAUACUAAUGGUCCAGGGGACUAUUUCUAAGCACAUAACAAUGUAAAAAUUACUUUUGAAAAAACCCAGAUUUUCAUCUGACAAGAGGCAAGAUGGCGACAGGUGGCAGAGCCGCGGAGGAUCUGCAGCGGGGCCGGCUGCAGAUGCCGCUCCCCGCGCAGCCUAUGGCCCAGGCUGAGGAAGCCCAGGGCACAGGAGAGAAGAUGGGCUGGGCGCAGGUAGUAAAGAACCUGGCGGAGAAGAAGCACGACUUCCGCGAGCAGUGGCGGGGAGAAGAAAGGGGCAGAGGUGCAGGCGGCAGGCUGGGCAGCCCCGCGGGCCUGGCCGCUCCGAACCCCGGCAACUUCCCACCUGCCGGCCGCGGGGACCCAAGGGGCUGCGGGAGAGACCCUGCGGGCUACGCGGCAGAAGCUUGCAGGAUGAAGGGAGCUGGAGACGCGAAUCAGAGGAAGAUGGCCCAGGUGGCGGUGGCAGCGGCGGCCAUGGCGUCCCCUGCCAGGCCUGGCGCGACCAAAGACGCAACUGCAGGGCGCCCACUCCAGGAUGAGCCUCCAGCCGCCAGGCCGGGUAAGGGCCGCUUCCUUGUGCGCAUCUGUUUCCAGGGAGAAGAGAGUGCCUGUCCGACCCGGGAUUUCGUGGUGGGUGCGCUCAUCCUGCGCUCCAUCGGCAUGGACCCCGGGGACAUCUAUGCUGUCAUCCAGAUCCCCGGCAGCUGCGAGUUCGAUGUGAGCUUCAGAUCUGCAGACAAGCUUGCCCGGUUUCUCCGCAUCUAUGAGGAAAAGCGGGAGCUGGACGACUGCUGGGAGAACUUUGUGGUGUUGGGGCGGAGCAAGUCCAGCUUGAAGACCCUCUUCAUCCUCUUCCAGAAUGAGACCGUGAAUGUGGAGGACAUCGUGACCUGGCUCAAGCGCCACUGCGAUGUGCUGGCCUUGCCAAUGAAAGUGACUGACAGGUUUGGGAUCUGGACUGGGGAGUACAAGUGCGAGAUCGAGCUGCGCCAGGGGGAGGGUGGACUGAGGCACCUGCCUGGGGCCUUCUUCUUGGGAACAGAGAGGGGCUACAGUUGGUACAAGGGGCAGCCCAAGACCUGCUUCAAAUGUGGUUCUCAGAACCACAUGACUGGCACCUGCACGCAGGACAGGUGUUACAGGUGUGGGGAAGAGGGGCACAAGAGCCCUUACUGCAGGAAGGUCAUCAUGUGCAACCUCUGUGGCAAGAGAGGACACGUGUUUGCCCAGUGUCCCAAAGCAGCUCAAAAUUCCGUGGCAGAUCACCUCACAGGCGUGGCGGGGCGCUGAAUGUGUGCCUGCCUGCCGGGGUGAACACACAGCCAUGUUACCCUUCUUAAGUGCCAAAACUUUUUUUUUAAGACCAUUUUUCUCUUUUUCGACGGAGAUAUUUCUAAAACUUAACAGAGACAUUCUCUCUAUGCCUUUUAAAACCACGUGUGCUCCUUUUCAUCCUGUUUAAAAAGAACUAUUCAAAACUGUAGUGUGCAGAUGAGAUAUGUUGCCUGUCCCCCCACCACCACCACCACCUUUUUUCUUCUGUUUUACAUUAGUUUUGGUACUUUCUUCAACACCCUGUCUGCCUCUGUAAAUUUACUAAGUCCCUCUUCAUCCACGUCUCAUCAGAAGAUGUUUGCCCUUCGGGCUGCCUUGCUCAUUUUUAUGCCUCAUCCCCUGGGUACAGGGCCCAGUGCUGGAUAGGCAUUCAACCAAGUGUUUAUUGAAUUGAAAAUGUCGUCGACUAGCUCUGUCUAGAGUGCCUACCUUGUGCAGCUCUCCGCUGGGAUCUUUUCAUUUGUGGCUUCUAUGUGAUAUGAAAAUUUGUGAAAACCGUGUUGCUGGAAGUGUGUAAUCUGAAAACUAUCUCUUUUGUGACAGCUCAUUGUGGCUCAGAAGCCUUAUUUCUGUAGGAUCGUGGAGCCUAGGCAGUUCUGCUGGGAAAGACCCAAGAGGUCGUUUUUGUUGCAUUUUCUUUGGGGGAGCUUGCUUUUGUUUUGUGUAUUGAUUUGAGACAGGGUCUCACUGUGUAGCCCUGACUGGUUUGAUACUGGCAGCAUUCCUGGACCAGCCUGGCUUCAAACUGACAGUGAUCCUCUCACCUCUGCCUCCCUGAAGGAUGUUUUAAAUUAAUCCCUUGGUUUUCCAGCAGAUGAAAUGAAUCCGAAGUUAAAUGACUGGGUCAAAGUAAACAGCGGUGUGGUGCCUCAGACUGUCCACAGUAGAGUCCACUGUCCCCAUGCCUGGUGCUCAUCCCACUACCUCUCACACUUCACAACAGUCUCCUCAACAAUGGUGGGCCAAGUAAGUCUCUCUCCAGGCUGAUGGUCCCAGCAUGAAGCUGAGACACCAUCCCCUGAAAGAACAGAAGGAGAAGCUUGUCUUGCCACUUCAUAUUAAGGGACCUAGGGAAAGGACCAGCGAACACACUCCAAGCUGCAUGCAUGCAUCAGUCCUUGGAGUGAGUACCACAUCUUAAAUGUUCCACUGUCAAUGUCAGCAGUGAGAAAUGGUUGUGCUCAGGAAAGAAACUUGCCAGACUUUUACAUUUACACCUCUGCCUCAUCUACUAGGAACCCCAGAGAAGUUAGAGAGAGCUGAUUUGAAACCUUUGACCUCUGACGCUCAGGAGAAAGGUGGUUUUAACCCAGAAGCAUGAGUGAGCUGUAAACUGGAAAAUGUUCUUGGGGAAACAGGCCAAGGGAUAGGGCCUGGGUCAACUAAGUGUUACCAAGUUAAAGUGAAAGACAGUAAGCUGCUUUUUUCAGUUUUUGUCUUCUCUUUGCAGUUUUGCUAUUUUCUUGUGGCUUAGAAUGUAAGACCAGAUGUUCAGAUUUGUUCUCAAUAAAUAUUUAUCUUUUUUGCCCAUGAAAAAUGUUGAGUUGUGUGGAUUUAUCAGGUGGCUAUAGACAUGACAAUGUAAAUACAUAGCCAUUUCUGCAGGUGUGGAAUUUUGUAAUAGUGUUGUAAAAUGAUGUCUUUUUUGGAGACUUAUAACUAAAAUUGACUGUGGGUAUAAGGAUAGAUACAGAGAAAACUGUUUGAAAUGACAUACCUUCAGAGAUGUUGCCAAAGAAGGAGUGCCUCUGGGUUCCCUAUUUCUUAGCCUCAUGUAUCAGGCUAGGUUAAUACACGGGGAAUUAUUUUUCAUCAUUUCAAGGACAUAUGUUUCUUUUAAUCUAAAAAAAUUUGAAAUAUCAGCCAUGUUUGCGGGAAACAAGGACAUAUAAUAUCCUAGGAUAUGCUAAGUCCUGACAAGUUUUUACAUUUAAAGGCGGUAGUGCAAUCAUCUAUUCUGCUAGGAUGUUUUUCAUUGUGUUAGCUGUGAUUUCCCUAUGAACAGUGCAUGAUGAUGUUGAGUAAAAUAAUUGCUAUAUUAAUAGUUCAGUGGACUGUUUCUAACAACAAAACAAUAUAAAAAUUAGUUUAGAAAAGUAGAUUUUCAAGAAGAAUGAGGAUAGAAUGUAAUUUAAUGGAAUUUUCAAGUUUUAUUUACAGGAGACUCCUCAGAAUUGAUCACUUUUAGUAUCUAUUGUGAUGAAAAAAAAAAAAAACAGAGACACUUGAUAUAUGCUUAGGUUUUAUUUAAGCAUUCUGAAAUCCAGUGCUGAAACUGAACGAGUACAAGCACGAAUUCAUAGGUAUGGAAAGAUACCGAGUAGUUGCUUACAUUAGGGAACACAAGUGUGUUCUUUGACAAGUAUCUCUUAUGUUGUUUUCACUUAUUUGCUUCUAAUAAAAAAGCCCAGUAGAAGAGUCCAUCUGCCAUCUGGCAGCUUGGAU